UUUAUCAGUGAUAACUUUUUGUAGAGUGAUCAGAUCAGGGCAGUCCAAUUAUGAAAAAGAUGCAGCACCCCGAGACCUAUCAAAUCAUAGAAUAAUUCCUACAAUAUUGAUCGAGCAAAAAGUUAUGGCCAAAAAGCUCAGAUACUGAAUCGGCCAAUACUGAAUCGGCGAUACUGAAUUGGCGAUACUGAAUCGGCGAUACUGAAUCGUCCCCUACCCACAAUAAACUUUUGACAAAAUUUAAUUUUUAAAAUUCGAUUUUCUUUAGUACUUUUACAAUGUCACCAACAACUUCAUCAAAUAUUUCACAGGAGGAGGAUUUUAAAUCUCAACUUGAAAGGCAAAUUACAUCUUUGACAGAGGAACUUGGAUCAAAAGAAGCUAAUAAUGCAAAAUUAAUGGAGCGUUAUGAGGAAGAAUAUAAAAAAUUACUUGAGGAUAGGGCUGAGAAUGAAAUGUUAUCGGAAAAAAUUAAAUUGCUUAAUGUUUCUUUGGGAGAUAGUGAGGCAAAACUUAAAGGAUUCAAAAAUGAUUCGGAGAAGGAAGAUCAAGCAUUGGGAGUUAGGGUCGACAAGUUCCGCAAGACGUCGGCAGAACACAACAAACAUCUUCACCGUAUUUUUGAAACUCUCAAAAGUAUGCGAAUUUCUGAUGAGGAUCACUAUGGGGAUAUGUCUAAAUUUAAACAGGAAUUGCGUCAAAAAAUAGAUGGUGCGAAAUCUGGAUGUGCUUUAGCUUCGGAGGAAUCGAAACAGAAGAAGGAAGUUUUGGCAAAUUUGGACGUUAAACUUUCUAAGGUUGAUCAAAAAGAAAUUACUACGGAAAUUAAGAGUGAACUUACUGAAACAACCAUUAAUAUUUUGAAAGCUCGCCGCAAGAAAUUAUUGGAUUUGAAGAUGUCUAAUCAUUCGUUGAGAACCAAACUUGCUCAAAUGAAGGAUAUGGGUCAAGAAUAAAUUUUUUUUGAAAUAUUUUAAGUAAAGGUGAUAGAAUAUUUUUUUGAGAUCUCGUUUUGCCAAAAAAAUAUGGUAAUACUUUGGUUUGACCCCUUUUUUCCUUUCUAUUUUUCUUGUUUUUAUGGCACAUUUUUGAAAGGGCUCUUCGAAUUGAGUCGAUUGACACUAAAAUAAACAAAAUAUGACCAAAAUGAAUCAAGUUCUGACCAUCUGCUUUAAUCCCUUGUAGCGGCACAAAUUUGU